AUGGAGUGGGGUAAAUCCACCUGUGUCAAGCAUUGCCGAGUCAGUACCUUCGCGACAACCAAACUUGGAGGUCUUAGGCAAAGCAAGGAAAAAGAAAAAAAAAUGAGACUGACACCGCAGGAAACCAUGGUAACCAUGCCAUCGGGAGCUAAAGAGGACAGCCGUCCAUUCUUCGUGGUCCAUCCAAUCGAAGGAGUGGUCACAGAACUGGAAGACUUCACGUCUCUGCUGCCAUUCAAGGUCUACGGCUUCCAAUGCACCACUAAUGUGUCUGAUGACUCUGUAGGAUCGAUGGCAUCCACAUAUCUUAAGCUGAUGAAGGACGUCAAAACCACCGAUCCGAUCUUGCUCCUUGGAUACUCUUUCGGGGCAUCAGUAGCUUUCGAAAUGGCGCUGCGGUUGGAGGCGGAGGGUCGCAAAGUGCACCUCUUCCUCAUCGACGGCUCUCCCGAUUUCGUGAGAAAGCGGACUUCGCUCUACAGGGCCAAGAUUACCGACGCCGACGAGGCCGAUGCCUUCUCCUAUUACAUCACUCUCUUCAAGACAAUAGACCACAAUGAGUAUCAGAAGAUUCAACAAGAAUUCAAAGCUCUGCCAAAUAUGGAGGCGAGGCUGAGCCUUUGCGCCAAGAAACUGGAAGGAGAAGGAGAGUCGGAGGAUGACAUAAAAAAGGCAGCACAGACAUUUUACAACAAAAUCCUCGCCGCAGAGAAAUACUAUCCUUCGUCUGUGUUCACAGGAAAAGUCCUCCUCCUCAAGGCUGAUCAGAAUUUUGUAGCUGCAGAAAAGGAUUACGGUCUAAAGAAGUUAUGCAAGGAGGUUCCUGAAGUGUACACAUACAAGACAACUCACAAGGAAAUCAUAAAAAUUCCAACGGUCAAGAAAAUAGUGAACAGGAUAAUCAAUGCAUUGAACUCAUAAUUUGUACAAAUUGAAAGUUCUUUGAAAAUUAAAAAAAAGUUAAUUUCCAACACAUACCUGAAAACGCUCACUACUACUUUAGAUUUCAUGAAACAAAAAAUUUAAUGUUUUAAUUUAUUUUGUUAUGUAAAUAAUUUUAAAAUAUAGUUUUAAAUUAUUUCCCUGUUGUUUUUGUAAUAUUUUUUAAAACAUUCUUUAUUGAGAAGUGAAUAUCCAAUAUAUUUUACCAUGGUAAAUUAAAAUACAAUUUAACUUUUAAAUGUAAUUUAAAUCUGACAAGUUUUAGUUUAUCUAUCUCUUUUCUUUUUACAUCAUUAAGGACCGAAUACAUUUUAUCGUAUACCACACAAGAACAUGCUCAUUUCGAUCCCACUAAUCUAUUUACAGAGAACCACCAAUAUCAUAAUUAUAAAAUUAGGAAUAAUGUUCUUGAAAAAUUUCAUUGAAUAUAUCAACACUUAUUAAAUAGAAAAAUUGAUAUUUUUUAUAAUACUCAUUUAAAAUAAAUAAUAAUUAUAAUUUAGUAGAAUACUGAUCAUGGGCGUAUGCAGAGGAAAGUCGUUGCACUUUAAAAGAAAAUAAAACAUAUUAUAACACAAAAUAUCAAAAAAAUUAAUUUUUGUAAGUUGUUCUAUAUAUACAUUGUAUCUCUCUCUUAUAUAAAAUAGUUUUUAGUGACUGUGUAAUAUUUUAUUUUACUAAUAUAAAAUCAUUUUAGUACAUUAUUGUACCUUCUUCAAUUUGUUUAAAUAUUUUAAUUAUAUAACUGCUUCGUUUUCCAGUGCUAUCUCUUUUUGUAAUUCUUUGCCUAUCUCUUUUCCUCAAUUCACCUCCAAAUUUUCUUUUAAACAGCACUUCUUUCUUCUCUAUAGGAUAUUUCACUAUAGUGCUUUGGUUAACAUUAAGCCAGACAAUUGUAUAAAAAGUCUGAACAUAGUAUUAUUAUUAGGGGACUUUUGACACAUAAUAAAGUUAUUUUAUCACUCAUUGAUUUAAUAUUUUUUACCUAUACAAAAAACAAUCUGGCGCAGUAUGCACAUUACACAAUUUUCACUUACCUUCCUUUGUUUUUAGUAAAAAAAGAUUUUCAGACAAAUUGGAGUGAAAGUAAAAGUUAUAAAUGGUAUGAAAUGAUAUUUAAAACAAUUAACUAUCAAGUUUUUCAUAGCUGUAUAAUGUAUUAUAUUUAUGUUUUUUGUUGCACUUGAAAACAAGCAUUAUUGCACUGGUGCCUUUCUGGACGUAGCACAAGCUUUCGACCGGGUGUGGCACGAUGGCUUGCUUUUCAAGCUCAAAACCCAUUUACCCCAAUCCUUAUACCUAGUCCUCAAAUCCUACCUCUCAAAUCGUUCAUUUCAAGUCCGUUGUGACUCCGAAUUUUCCACUUACUAUCCAGUUGAGGCUGGUGUUCCACAAGGCAGUGUCUUGGGCCCAGUUCUCUACAUCCUCUUCACUUCCGAUAUCCCUUCAAAUCCCGAUACAUUUCUAGCUACAUUUGCUGAUGAUACUGCCAUUCUAUCCUCCCACUCAGAUCCUCAAAUAGCAUCUCUAAACCUACAAUCUCAUCUCUCCUUGAUUGAGCAGUGGUGCAACAACUGGCGCAUCAAAAUCAAUGAAUCAAAAUGCAAACAUAUCACUUUCACCCUGCGACGCAGAUCCUGUCUGCCAAUCCUUUUUAAUUCAAUUCCACUUCCCUACUCAGACACAAUCCGUUACCUUGGCUUCCUUCUUGACAAAAGACUAACUUGGAACCCACAUACCAGACUUAAAAGACAAGAACUUAACAGACGAUAUGGCCAGCUGUAUAGAUUACUAAGUAGGACAUCCCAUCUUUCGAUUGAAAAUAAACUUUUAAUCUACAAGACCAUACUGAAACCUAUCUGGACCUACGGACUUGAACUGUG